GGUGGGGUGACCACCUCCUGCGGUGUCUGGUCCAUCAAAUACUGCUUAAGAACAUUUAACUUUUUCAUGAUGAAUUGCAAUCUCUGGUGGAGUGAAAUGCUGAUCAUUUUGCACUUUCUCAGUAAGAGGGAGACGCAGCUGAACGAGUUGAAGAGGAAAUUGCAGAAUGAAUUCGACACUCUUAAUUUGAGUUGUCUGACUGAGGAAGACGAUGAACAGAGUUUGGAUGGAGACUUGGAAUCGAUUCCAGAUGAACAUAGGGAAUUCUUUCGCAAAUUCUCAGUUAAGUCUGACGGAAUACCCGACUUGCGUCCUGGAGAAAAGAUUUUCAACUUGUUGAAGUCUGGAGCGUUUUUUAAUCAACAUAACCUCACCUUGUCUCGGUCUGAAUUGACCCCUCAGAAUUUUCUGGAAAGAACUCUCAUCAGCCCUGGGAGCAGCCAUCUGGAACUUUUGUUCACCAACGGGGUGGUAAGCCAAACCUAUGCUUCUUCACCAUGUCCCCAGCCAGUUUGGGAGUUACUGUUUAAGAUGAUGACUGUUCAUUCGGAUUACGUUGUUUCAAUGCACAUUUUCAAAGCACUUUGGGGUAUCUGCACAAAUACCACCAAUAAAAUAGAUAAGAAUGGCGCAAGUAAGUUCAAGGUUUGGACUCCCAGUCUCCUGGAUAUAGUUGCUGUUUUUAUGAAUUUAGGAGCACCGUUUCAUGCUUUGUUUCCACUGUCACACCUUCAGCCAGACUUCACGGAACAGGAUAUAAUAUCCAGGCAGCACAGCAAUGAGAAUCAUCUGGAGGACCAUCUAGUCACACCUCAGAGAGAGCCCAUCUUCACUUCUCUGCCAGAAUACAACAUAACAAAUGUAGUUAAGUUUCUGCUGCUGUGUACCUCCAUGUAUCCUGAAGUGUACUCUGAUAAAGAGUUAGUGUUGCUGAUCAGUCUGGGAGGCAGAAUCAGCCUUGAACAAGACAUGACUCCUAAUAAAGACUUUCAGUGUUUGCUGAACAAUCUUCUCAGCAAUAUUAGAGAAUGGAAUGUGCAGAUGUUUGAACUCUGUACAAUCCUCAGUAACUUAUCAGAACAUCAUCAUAAUCUUUCGUACCUGGUUCAGUUGAUCCCAGAUGGUUCGACACGGGGGAGACAACUACGAAGACAUCUCAGCCUGGUGAUCAUUUCAAAACUUUUAAACAAGGAAGGCAUUUGUAUGCCGAAGGACCCAGACAUGAAGAUCGCUCAACUUGGCCAGUUCAUGUACCAGAUGAAACCAUCGUCUCUAUUAAAAACUUUGGAAGCAAAUGUUCAAUCUGAACAGCAGGCACCACAAAAAGAACAAACUAUGCCUACAGAGCCUGAUCAGCAGGCAUACUACCUCUGCUACAACCUUCUCAUAUUAGCAAAUGAAGUUAUGCAUAUGGAUCAUAUUCCUUCCUGCCAGCGGAAUCAUCUUAUACAGCUGUGUACUCAAAUAGAAAAACACAUCAAGUGCGAUAUAAGAGAGGACCCCAAACUGCUUUACCGAAGCAAGGUAAAGGAUUUAGAAGCAAGAACGUAUGUAAAAUGGCAAGAGUUGUUGCAGCGAUCACGGCCUCUACAGGGUAAACUUCAUGAUUAUUGGGAGCCAGUGUGUGAAGAAAUAACCCAAUCCUCUGUGGUUGAGGAGCUCAAGGCAUCAGACGGCAAUAAUGCAGUGGAGGCAGAACACUACACAGAGAGAGACACAAAAUAGCCAAGAGAUUAAUAUGUUCAUAACUUAGUGAAGCAAAUAUGAUUUUUUUUUCACAGUUGUAAAGCUGUUAAAAGUUUAGUAAGUCUAGUUUAUCAAGUUGGAUUUUCUGCUUUUAUAUUUGGUGUUGGACAUAGUUGAAAGUACAUCCUAUUAAAGACUGUUAAUGUUUAGUCCUGGUUUUGAUAUUUUAACAGAAAAAUCUGGCAAAAAAACAAAAUAUUUACAAAAACAAUAUUUUGUGAUAAUAGAGAUUAUGAGUUUAUUUAUAUAGUUGGAGUUGCGUGUGUUGGAAUAUUUUGUACCAUCAAUUUUAUGGCUGUACAUAAAAGUUGGCUUCUUUUUU